AUGUUAGCUCGAGUCGAGAGUCGAGAGCCCUGUGGCGAUAUUGCCUCAGCAGAGACGGAUGGCUCUCUGAAUGUAGUGCACGCAUCCGAGGACUUGAGGAAAAAACUUUGGGCUUCUGGCGGAAUCCACACGAUCUUUGCGGACAGCCUAGACUUUUGGCCGGAUUUGUACGGGACGUCCGGGAUCAGCGAGUCGAGCUCCAGACUCUACCAGCCUGGCGACAUUAAAAUUGAACUGGGAACAGUGUUUUUACUGAUGCUACAGCUGUUAAUUGUUACUACUGAUAAAGCUGUCAUUUCGGCUGUUGCUACAGCUGUUGUUACUGCUGUUACAGCUGUUGUUCCUGUUGGUAAUGCUGCUGCUGCUACAGCUGUUGUUCCUGUUGGUAAUGCUGCUGCUGCUACAGCUGUUGUUCCUGUUGGUAAUGCUGCUGCUGCUACAGCUGUUGUUCCUGUUGUUAAUGCUGCUGCUGCUACAGCUGUUGUUCCUGCUGUUAAUGCUGCUGCUGCUGCUACAGCUGUUGUUCCUGUUGUUAAUGCUGCUGCUGCUACAUCUGUGGUGCGGUCUAGGCUGGCGAUAAUUGAGCUCGACAUUGAAGCUGCAGACUCUUUUAUCGCGUCUUUGCUUGGCCCUCCCCUUAACGCCCGCCUCGAGCUGAACAUUACCGAGCUGUCGUCUCAAGCUGCCGAGUUUGAUGACAACCAUCUUUUCUGA